AUGGUGUUUAUCAACGGUUUCAGUUUCACAGAGGCGACGCUCGUCAAACGCUCGCUCGAGAGCUUCUUUGGAAUCGGGCCCAAGGUGUCGCAGCAGCUCAUGGCGAAGUUCCACAUCCACCCAUGGGCCAAGGUCGGGACGCUGAAGAACUCAGUCGUUAUGGACCUCACAGCCGAAUUAUCGACGAUGAAGAUCGAAAACGAUGCGCGGCGAGAAGUGCAGGACAAUAUUCGCAGAUUGAAGGACAUGGGUUCGUACAGAGGAAGGCGACACGCUAUGGGUCUGCCUGUACGAGGUCAAAACACAAAAUCACAGAUCGGCACUGCGAGAAAGCUGAACAAGAUCGAGCGCGGAGGCACAGGGAGAGUGCAGAUGUAG